UUUUAAUUGAACCGGUAUCUAUCUCCACAGUCUGAGAUGGAUCGCGCAGAGAAACUAAAAAGAAGAGAAAGGGUGGAAUCGAGAAAGCGAAGAUGGGAGGAGGAAUGGAGACGAACAAGAACAAGUUCAUAGAGGAUUGGGGAUCCGCCAGGGAGAAUCUCGAGCAUAACUUCCGCUGGACACGUCGCAACUUCGCUCUCAUCGGAAUCUUCGGCAUCGCUCUCCCCAUCCUCGUCUACAAGGGCGUCGUCAAAGAUUUCCAUAUGCAAGACGAAGAUGCAGGCAGACCACAUAGAAAGUUCCUAUAAGGUUCUUUGCAACACCACUCUCUGCACUGUCAAACUAUCAAGAAGCUGGUGCUAGAACCCUGUUUUCUGUAGUUUAUUCAGAAUAAAAGAAGGAACGUCUGAAGGAUUAUAUUUUCUGUUUCAAAAUGUUCAUUAUAAACAUUUUGCAUUCUUGUUGGCAAAUAAAAACACUUAACUUUGCCAUUUUGACAUUACUUUUGACCUCAAUUUAGCAUAUGCUAUUAUCGUUUUGUA